CGGAUCGAAUCGGAACGAAUUCGCGAGUCGCUGAUCAAAAACCUGGAAGCGACUAACACCGAGCUCAAGCAGUUUACCUACACCGUUUCGCACGACCUCAAGUCGCCGCUGAUUACCAUCAAAGGGUUUCUGGGCAUCCUCGGCGAAGACAUCGAAAAGCAAGACUCCGCCGCUAUCGAGGAAGACUUGUCGAUCAUUGGUUCAGCCGCCGACGGAAUGAAACAGCUGCUCGACGACCUGCUGGAACUUUCGCGUAUCGGCCGCAAUUACAAGUCGCGUUCGAUGAUUUCGCUAGAGGAAAUCGUCUGCGAAGCGAUCACGCUGUUGGCCGGCGAAAUCGAAGCUCGUGAUGCGAAUGUUCGCUGCGAAAUGGAAGAUCUGACCGUCUAUGGCGAUCCGGUCCAGAUGCGGCAGCUAAUGCAAAACCUGAUCGACAAUGGCAUCAAGCACAAUCGCAAAGACAACCCGAAAGUUACGAUUCGGGCCGUCGAAGAUGACGACUUUGUCGUGAUCGAAGUCAGUGACGACGGACCUGGCGUGGCGACCGAAUACCAGGAACGUAUUUUUCAGCUCUUCGACAAGCUCGAUCCCGAUUCGGACGGAACCGGGAUCGGAUUGGCCAUCGUUAAGCGAAUCGUCGACUUCCAUGGAGGAACGAUUCGCUUGCAUUCCGACGGACUCGGCAACGGCUGUACGUUUAUCAUUCGCCUGCCGUCGGUCGAGCCGGAUCGCAGCACAAUCUACGACCUGACCGACUCGAAAGAGUCCACGUCUUCCUAG